AUUGGUGACUCUGCUAAGAUAUCCAACAACAGUACAUUGUGGGUAAAUGGGAACAAUGGAUGUCUUCUUCAAUCUGAGUUUCGAGUGUCCGUAGGGAGUAUAUCAAAAGUUGGCUUUUCGUUGGCAACUGGAAUGAGUGUAGAAUUGACGAGAGGCCUAUUCCUGCCAUUAACGAAAUUAAUGAUGGCGGCUUGCGUUUAUGACAAGGACUGCAUUGAGAAUGCCUACUGCUGGAAUCAUGAGACGUGUCGCUGUAUGCAGGGAUAUUUGGUCAAUAGAAAUGACACUGCCAUGGAAUGCUUGAGAAUCGCUUCGGAAAUGGGUGAUCCAUGCACCACUGAGAUGCAGUGCCAUGUGACCUUCACGGCUCAGGCAGAAUGCCGGAACAAUACAUGCACCUGCAGUGAGGGAUCUCACUACGAACCUGAAUCGAAAAGAUGUUAUGAGUCUAUAGGAAUCGGAGAAAUGUGCCAGACUUCAUACAACUGUCGUAUAAGUGACAGUUCUCCAAGUUUUUGCGUUGAUGGAUUCUGCAGUUGCCCGCGGCAGCAUCAUCCCAGUGGAAAAGAAUGCUUAAAAAGCGCUUUUCUAGGUGAUCCGUGCACUAUUGAUGAAGAAUGCCUGGAUUUCCAUUCUCAUUGUUUAGGCACGUGCAUUUGCAAAAUAAAUUAUGUACUUUCCAGUGAUGGAAAACGGUGUUUAAAAGCUGCUCAAUCAAUGGGCGAUGCGUGUUCUGAGGACUCUCAAUGCACCACAUUCCUUAAAAAUUCUAAAUGUGGUAAUGACAAUACGUGUACGUGUUUGGUUAAUUUGAAACGACAGGGACCAACAUGUUUAAGAAAACUGAAUCCCCAUAUGCUAGGAAAUAAAUGUAUUAAUCGGACUCAAUGUAUUGAGCCGACAAUUCCUGAAACUGUUGUUGAUGAAAUGGAAGUGACUACCGUGGAUUGUAUAGAUGGAAUGUGUUCAUGUGCAGAGGGAUAUAUUCAUACAGAAACAACAGACGAUUGUAUAAGAUUCAGUGAAAAUGGUAACUAUCUUACGAUUUAUGAUAAAUUUAUGAAGAAUUAUUUGAAAAAUAUGGGGCCAGGAUUGAAAGAAAAAAAAAUUUUUAAUCCUAUCUAG